AUGGCUUCCUCUUCACGCACAUACGCCGCCGACAGACCAGCAUCCGUAUCGCCGCCCUCUCGGCGGACAUCCAGCGCAUUCUUUCAGCCCAUGCAGCAACCUGUCCUCAUGGACAUCAGCGCCAGCUCGAGCACCAACAGCAUCGAGACCAGUCCCUUCCACCAGCCCUCAUCACGGCGUCUCUUCCAGGACACCCCCACCGCGUCUCGACACGCACAAGACCUCGAUGUGGUCUCGCCACCGCCCUACUCGCUGUUCGACAUUCGCACGCCUACCGGGUCCAGUGGCGCCAACCAACAGGACGUCUUUGGCAAGAUCGACCACACACCGCUGAGGCAGGAGACGCACUCGACGUCGCCCCUGCCCAACUCUCGAUCGCUCCAGAUGGGCGACAUGCUGGAUCACGUCCUCAAUGCGGAUCAGUACUCGAGUCUCUCGGUAGGCAACAUCAUCGCGCCGGAGAGGAACAGCUCCAAGAAGCCACCGAAACGUGCGCCGACAGAUCCAAGCAACACUGUUGCAUCACCUACGCCGCUCUCGAGGACUUCGGCGCGGCCGAGGUCCAGCCUUUCGACGAUGGCCGUCAACAGCGGGACGACAACUUCAGAAUUCAAUACGAUGACCAGCAGCCCGUCUUCGGAUGUGUUUAUGCAGCGCUCACAUCCUUCUUCAGAGGAGCUUUCGUCGCAUGUCAAACAUCGGAUGGCCGCUUUGCAGGAGUCACCACGGACACACUGA